AUGCUUUCCACUCGACAUUCAUCAGCUGCAACUGGGUCUCCCUGUCAAGUCAUCCAGUACUCUGGUCAGUCUAAACCCCUUCCUUGCAUAGCAGGGGUCUUACGCGUUGGUGGUCGACUCACUCAAUCCAGUUUACCUUAUGACAUGAGGCAUCCAGUUAUCUUAACCAAAGGCACAUCUGUACACAACUAUGGCAAUAUGCUCCAUCCACCUUCUUCACCAGCAUGCUGGUCUCAAUGUCAGAAUGUCUCUGGUGCGGCAGAAGUAUUGGGUUGUACACGGGCGCAGCAUCAUCAGAAAGGUUCUUUAUGA